CCAUUUAAUACAGUCUGAAAACUAAAAGUCUAUGAAAUAAUUAAUAAUAAUCUAAACAAUUAGAAAGUUUAAAACCAUUUAACACAAAUUCAACACAAAACAUGACAGUUCUCAACCUAACCUAAAAAUGUAAAUAAACAGAAAUGAAAUCCCGAAUAUCUCCAUCGGAUUUCCUAAGAAAAAACUGGCUGCUGGUCGGAAUACUAUUUUGCAUCAUCCUCGCCGCAAUUUACCCCCAUUUGGGCUCAAAAGAAGGCCCAUUACGAACCGAAUACACGGUAAAAUACGGAGCCGUUUUCAUAAUAUUCCUAAUCAGCGGACUGAGCAUCAAAACCGACAGCAUUUUAAAAACAUUCCGGCAUUACAAACUCCACCUGUUCAUACAAUGUUUCACCUUCAUUUUCGUGCCGUAUUUCACGCAGAACUUCAUCAAACUGUUAAAUCUGUUCGGCAUCAAUGUCUGGAUACUUAAGGGACUGAUAACGGUUGCGUGCAUGCCACCACCAGUUUCAAGCGCUGUGAUACUUACAAGGGCGGCCCAAGGCAACGAAACUGCCUCAAUUUUCAACUCAAUAAUAGGCAGUUUCAUGGGAGUUUUGCUCACACCUCUGCAUUUAUUGAAUCAAUUGGGUUCGACUACAAUCAUUCCAAUAGGCAGUACAAUAGUACAGCUGACUAGUACAGUAUUGUUGCCUCUAGUUUUGGGGCAAUUUGUUAUAAGUGUGACUGGAUUUAGGGGGCAAAAAUACAGAUUAAACACUAUAAGUCAGUUUGCUUUACUUUUUGUGAUCUAUACCACGUUUUGUGACACUUUUACAACACCAGAAGCUGGGUUAUCUGCUUUAGAUGUUAUCAUUACUAUACUUUCAGUGUUUAUACUACAGAUUGUUUUAAUGAUUUUAAGCUUCAAAUUGUCAGCUUUAUUGAACAAAGACUUUAGUCCACAGGACAAAAUUGCUAUUGUAUUUUGUUCAACCCAUAAGUCACUUACUUUAGGCAUUCCAAUUUUAAGGAUAAUGUUCCACGGAUAUUCCCACUUGAGUCAAAUAAGUUUGCCCUUAUUAGUAUACCAUCCAACCCAGAUAAUCCUGGGUGGUUUAAUAGUGCCCCAGCUAAAAGACUGGGUACAUUCCCAAAGGAGAUACAAAGCCUUAGUAUAAAAAUAUAAAUAUAUAAUAAAUAAAUUGUUAUUUAAAG